AUGACUGGUUUGUGCGAGGCUCUCCGGCAGAGGCAUUACUGGCGACCGAUGUGUGAGCUCAUUGUAAAGAUGGUUAAGCUGACAAUGAUAGCUCGUGUAACUGAUGGUCUUCCUCUAGUAGAGGGACUGGAUGAUGGUCGUGAUAUGCCAGAUGCUGACUUUUACAAACAACAAGUGAAGGCUCUGUUCAAGAAUCUCUCGAGGGGCCAGAAUCAGCCAUCCAGAAUGUCAAUUGAAACUGGGCCAUACAUAUUCCACUAUAUCAUUGAAGGGAAUGUAUGCUACUUGACUACAUGUGACCGUGCUUAUCCGAAGAAGCUUGCCUAUCAAUAUCUUGAAGACAUAAAGAAUGAAUUUGAGCGUGCAUAUGGAAAUCAGAUUGAAACUGCUGCAAGACCAUAUGCGUUUAUAAAAUUUGGCAAGACAAAGAAACUAUACCAGGAUACAAGAACUCAACGGAAUAUUGCGAAGUUGAAUGAUGAACUCUAUGAAGUUCACCAGAUAAUGACCCGCAAUGUACAAGAGGUCCUUGGUGUUGGUGAAAAGUUGGAUCAGGUCAGUCAGAUGUCCAGCCGCUUAACUUCUGAAUCCCGCAUAUAUGCUAAGAAAGCAAAAGAUUUGAACCGCCAGGCUCUAAUCCGAAAGUGGGCCCCUGUCGCUGUUGUUUUCGGAGUCGUUUUCCUACUGUUGUAUGUCAGAAAGAAGUUUUGGUGAUGCUCUACCAUUUGAUGGGGCUAUUUCUGUAUUUGAAUAUUCUGUGCACUAUCCAAGUGGAGAUUCAGUUUUACAAAGUUGACAAGAAUGUAUUCUUAUAUGAGGAUACGAUAAAUUUAACCUUGUUGGAUAACAGGAGUUUUUUUUAUUAAAAGAACCCCCGAGCCAAUGGUACACAGUUUAUUUAUCUAUACAUGAACUAGUGAUUUAUGCCUUCUCCUUGCGUUGGUAUAUUUUUAGCAUGAUGAUCUUUUGACAAGCA